AUGGCCAUGGGUAACGUCGUGGUGUUGUUUCUCUUUGCAGCUCGCAACAGCUUUCUCCUUCACGUCACAGACUGGAGCUACAGUACUUAUCUGCUGCUGCAUAGAUGGCUCGGGUACUGGGCUAUAUUCCACACAGUCGUACACUCUGCCAUGCUUCUGGCCAACUACGCCCUGCAGGGCACGUAUCAAGAUGAGCUGGUGCGCAAGUAUUGGAUAUGGGGUAUCGUGGGCACAGCCGCAGCCUGUGCGAUACUGCCCUUCUCUCUCCUGAUAGUCAGGCAGAAGAUGUACGAGUUCUUCCUAGCGUCGCACAUCGUACUUUCGCUUCUCUUCAUAAUUGGGUACUACUACCACAUCUGGUAUGUGUAUGAGUACAACUGGGGUUACGAGAUCUGGAUCUUUGUCGCCGGUGGCAUCUGGGGCCUCGAUCGCGUCCUACGUCUGGCUCGCAUGGCCUGGCAAGGUAGUCGAAAGGCUACCAUCUCAGCUAUUCCCGACGUCGAUGGAGAGUACAUUCGUAUCGAAAUAGACGGGAAGCCUCUUGAGGGUGGUGUUGCGUACCUUGCCUUCCCAACCCUUUCGUGGCGUUUCUGGGAGACUCACCCCUUUUCUGUCGCAUAUUCGGGAUCGCUAGUUAGUCAACGCAGCCCGCAACCAUCAUCACCUGCUCCUUUAGAAGAAAAUGGUGCGAAUCCUCCACCAAUUUCUGAGAGUGACGUCGAAAAAGCCACCACCGCAGGUCAGAUGACAUUGGCUAGUGCAACUGAAAGAAAGUCUACAGUCUUUCUCGCCCGCACUCGGACAGGUAUCACCAAGAAACUCGCAUCGCGCGUAUACGGCCAACAAAGCAGCCAAACAUUCCAACUUCGUGUCCUGGUAGAAGGUCCAUAUCAUCAUUCAGGCCAUAUCUCACCUCAGCUGGCUCAGUGUAAAGACAUGCUGUGCAUCGCAGGAGGUGUAGGCAUUACAGCCUGUCUACCAUAUAUCCAGCACGGAACUCCCGGAAGUACGAAGCUUUUCUGGUCCAGCCGCAAGAUGGGCCUGAUCGCAGCCCUAAGACCAGUCUUGGCCGCUCUGCCGAGAAGUGUCCAUGUCGAAACAGUUGUGGGGGAGCGUAUGGAUCUAAGGGGCAUCUUGAUUAGAGAAAUGGUGGGGACGGUGAACAAGGACCUUGACCGUGGUGAUGGUGACGCUUUGGCUGUCGUACUCUGUGGACCUCAGAGCAUGGCUGAUGAUGUGCGUAGGGAAAUUGUUGACAUUGUGAGGAGCAAUCCACUAAGUCGCGCCGUCGUUUUUUUAGAUGAAGCAUUUUCCUGGUAG